CCUCAUUUAGUAGUAUGACUCGAUCGCUUCCAACCCCCUUUUCUACUGGUUUAAAACAGCACAACUUACGCCACCAACCAUCACACAUUGUCUCUCCGGGCCCUCCCACUCCUACUGUCGGUAGUAAGUGAAACAAGUUCUUAACACCUUUGACUGUCAUACACAGGAUCCUUCUCCUCCAAGGGAGAAGCAGAACGCGGAAGCGACGGCAACGUCAGCCCACUAUGGGUGAACUCAAUCGGCAUGCUGAGCUAGCACGACUGGAAAGCAUAGAGCAGAGUUGUAUAGGCCGUUUCUUUGUUGCCCUUGGAGCCAUGGACACCCAGAGAAUGCAGCUUGAAGAGCUUAUCAAGAAGCGGGACCCUGGCCCCGCCAUUCACCGUCUUCCUGUUGAGCUUCUUGUGCUGAUAUUCUGCUUCACAAUUGUUUGUCCAUAUUAUGCGGGGACAUAUAAACUUGACAUUGAAAUUGGUUAUCGGAGGAGAAGUCUGGCUAUUGUCUCGCGACGUUGGAGAGAUGUGAUCUUGGAUACUCCUAUUCUCUGGCAGGACAUCUGUCUGGCAUCACCACAAGAUCGACACACACUGGUGUUGCAGUUGAAGAGGAGUCAAGGUUUGCUUCUCGACGUCACGAUCACAAAUAAAUUGGCAGAUUACUCCACUACUGAUGAGUUGCUGCACCAUCUCCGUCCAACCACGAACCGCUGGCGUAGCCUC